CGCCGGAGAGGCCCGGGUGCGCGUGCGCAUUGGAGCCCGAGCCAAGGGAGGAGGUGACUCCUCAAGUCGCAGAGGGGGCGGGUCGGCGUCCGGCGCCACGUCCGCAGCCAGAGGCCGCUGCCGCCGUCAACGGAGUCUUCUGGCUCUAUAGCUUCAGAAGGCAUCGCCGGAGCCGCAACCGCCCGCCGGAGCCGAAACCGCCCGAGUCUGUGCCAGCAGCUCGGGCCGCCUCAGCUCUUCUAGGUUGUACCGGCUCCCUCCGCCCAGCCCCGGCUUUAGGAGGCAGCCCCCGAUCCUGGCGAUCAUGAAUCAGGCAGAUAAAAAUCAACAAGAAGUCCCAUCUUACCUUAGUGACGAACCACCAGAAGGCUCAAUGAAAGAUCACCCACAGCAGCAGCCAGGCAUGUUGUCCCGCGUGACUGGGGGUAUCUUCAGUGUUACAAAGGGAGCCGUCGGUGCCACCAUUGGUGGCGUGGCUUGGAUUGGUGGGAAGAGUCUGGAGGUGACCAAAACAGCGGUUACAACUGUGCCUUCCAUGGGAAUAGGGCUGGUGAGAGGCGGCGUGUCCGCUGUGGCCGGAGGGGUGACAGCUGUCGGAUCUGCUGUCGUAAACAAAGUGCCCUUAACAGGCAAGAAGAAAGACAAAUCUGACUAAGACAUGGAGAUACGCUCGCUCUCCACAGCAUUAUGAUGCCAGUGGCAUUGAAUUGCUAAAUUAUGGACCACAACUAAGUCAGCCGUCUUGGACAUUUAUCUUCUGAAACUGCUGUGUUGAAAGUAUUGAUGACUGGCUUUCGUCUAAAAGGAAGAGACCAAUACUAGCACAGUGUAUGAAGGUUUCUCUUACUUAAAUUCCAGCUUUUUAUCUGAUAAAAUGUUACACUUAUUCAGCUGUAACUGAAGAUAUAUUUGAAUAUUUACUAUGUCUUUCAGUUGAACUAAAAAUGUGAAAGUUGAAUUUAGUGGGUGAUCUUUACAGUUCUCUAUGUACACUGUGCCAGGUGACUCAUCUGCCCCUGAGAAGGGAAACUUCGACCUACAUAAACUGUAAUUUUGAUGUGCCUAAUAGUUUCAGACGUCUUAGUUUUCUAAAAAUAAUCAUAGUUGAUUAGGCCAAGAAGCAUUCUUUUCUUAUUUAAGCUGGUAAAAGUAGCAGGAUUUAGAGAAAUUGUAAAAGAAAAGAAAUGGUUUUCUGAUCCCGAGUGUUAACCAUCUUUUGUUAGACAUGCAUUAUAUUAAUUUAAUCAUCAAUGCCUUACAAAACAUCUUUUCUAAUACCCUAAAUAUGUGCAGUUCUUAGAAUUAUAUAUGGAUUCUCUUAAAAGUUGUUUAUGAAAUUAGUUUUCCCUCUUUAAGCACCUCAGGAGUGGUGGGUAAAGGCAUUGCUCUUAGCAGAUGAGAGUGCUUGUUCACUGGUUGUCAGCUGCCCAUUGUCACAACCAAACUGUGGGCUUCAGCCUGGGCUCAGGCUCCUAGACAAAGGCCUAGCAGUACCUGGGGGCCAUCUCUCUGCUAGCCAAAAGAUAUUUUGGGAGGGUUUCAGAUUAAGGAGGAACAAAUAAUUUUAAGUUCUUAAAAAUUACCUAGAACAUCCAAGAUAUAAAAAGAAUUCUUCCCACCUAUUUUAUCUCUAGGAUGGCUUAAAUUAUUAGCAGUACUUCUUUUUAAAAACAUAGUAAAAGAACCACCAAUAAGUGGGGUUGACUGUUAAAUUGAAUGCAGUGGGCUUCAUAGAUUAGUUUUGAGUAGUGCUUCAGUGUUUUGUGGGCUUUAAAAAUGUUCCCUUACUGUCCUUCAAAGUAGCUGUAGACGUAUCAUUUUCCAAGUCAACUUCAGGCAGGGAAUUGAAGUUUUUGAUGAUGAACAAUGUGUAUCAUCCUUAACGUAUCUCAUCAUAUCUCCUUCAAUCGCAAGAACAUGGCUUAGCUGAAGUUCAUCUUUUUGGUUUUCAUUUCAUAAAAAUUUAAAAAGUGUACAUAUAGUUGGCAUUCCUUAUAAUCCAAGCCUGAAAAAAAAUCUGAGUUUUCUUUCCACUUAUGUCAGAAACCUGCCUCCAUUCUGCAGGGGGUCCCCACGCCCCUGCCCCUCCCCAGGGAGGCGGGGAAAGGCGUCCUGCUGUGGAGGAAGGAGGUGGACAGCGUCCCGAGAACUCGAAGCUGAUGACUCCAGCACAAGGCUUAAGUGUUUGUUCGCAAAUGACUCCGAGUUUUACAUGAAUAAUGUGGGUUAAGAAAUGGAUAAGGACCUAACUUUUAAAAGCUUUCAUAAAUACCAGGAGGGAUUUUAAGAAAAUCUACAAAGGUUCUUGAGCCUUUUCUACAGUAUACAAAACUGAGAAGUCUUUAAGGAGUUUAAUACAUCAGAGAGUCAAUGCCCAUUUCAUGCUGCAUUAUUUAAGGUGUGCUUACUUGCUGGUGUAUGUGGUCAGAUACCAUAAUUAGAAAAGGGUUUUACAAAGAAAAUCCAAAACUAAUAGAUGACCACAAAUAAUGAUCUAAAUAGUGGUAGUAGAGAACUUGUUUCCUGCUAUUUGAAAGGAAUUAUUGCUAGUUUAUAUUUCUAAUUUAUCUUCUCUAGUCAUAGGCUCUGCUGCGCUUUGUACCUGAAUUUCUAAAUUUAAACUUCAAUUUACUGUAUGCCUGCAUAUUUAUUUUUAACUUUGCUCGUCUUUAAGACUGCGUGAGGAAAAUGGCUGUAAUUAAUUUCUGCUACAGGAGAGCCGCCUGGGACAUGUUGUCAAGUUUGUUUUAAAUUCCAAACUGUAACUGUUCCGGGGAGGCUUUUGCAGUGAGCAGAAAACUAUACAAAUGAACAGUUAGUUAUGGAGGUUCUUGUCGAAAUGAACUUGCCAUUUGAUAGGUGUAGCUGUACACUUGAGUCUUUUCCAGUUUACUUUUGUAGAUUAGCAGUUCGACCUGUUAAAUAGUCCUGAUUCACUUCAAGAAGCUGAAACUGUUGUAUAUACCUGGAGGCAUCUGUUAUCGGCUCAUCUUCGGCGUGGGUGUUUGGCACCGCGAGGACAAACUUGUGUGACCCGCUGGUUGACCUAAUAAUGUUGAUGUGAAUCCGGCACUUAGUGAAAGAAAUGUCAGAUAAAAAUAACUGAUGACUGAAUUUUUUGUAUUAAAGAAAUGGGAAAAGAAUACAUGAAUCUGUAAUAAAGAACUAUGAUCUGCAAAAUAUGAAAUGUUUCAUAAAGAUCUAAGGAAAUAAAGGAAAUUUUUAAAACAGGGUAGUCUUAAAAUUUU